UCAGACCACGAAUAAUCUUUCAAGAAGCAACGAUCAUGGUAGAUAAAUUAACAGAAAUUGCAAGAAGAGAUCUACCAAUCCUGAAAAGUUUAUACACUCCAGAUGGAUCCAAGAACUACAUAGCAUUUGCAACAGUUGAUACUUACAUCCGAUGGUUUGAACAAGAUCCCAAUGUGAAACACAUCAAAUUUUUCUGUUUAAACGGAGAUUUCUCCGAUGGAACAUUCGUGGUGACGGAUCAUAAUGUUGCGUUUGCGGACACGUUUAACGAAUCUUAUGACCGAUUGUCUCGAUUGUUACAACUGAUUGACUAUUCGAAAGACUACAUAUUCCAAAAUAUUCGAGCAGAACUGCUGCCAGUGGUCACAAAUGCCCUAGAAAAAGCGAACGUACCCGUCGAUCAUUGUAUUGAAUUUUUGCUCUAUCACUUGACACAAGAAAAGGCAUUGAAAUUGGAUGUGCAGCCACCCAAAGGAAUCGAGUUGCGGUCGUUGACGGAGUCCGAUGUGGAAAAAGUGAUCUCGGUAUGGGCACAUUGUGAUCAAAAGACAAUCCCAUUAAUACAAGCAAUGGCCAAGUACAAUCCAAGUGUCGGAGCACUUACGGAGGAUGGAACUCUUGUUGCAUGGGCACUUCGUUAUCCAACCGGUCUCAUUGCAGCCUUACAAACAGACGAACUUUUCUUUGGCAAAGGGUUUGGAGGAUUAGCGCUUAGAUGUAUAUCGAAGAAAAUUGCCGAACUGGGCCAUCAUGUUUUUGGUGCUGUAUCGGAAAACAACGCAGCCUCUAUAUCACUGUUACACAAACAUGGAUUCAAAAUGAUUAAUGUUUUGCAUCUGAUUUAUACUAAAGUCACGUGAAAUUUAACUUUUUAACUGACGAAUGAAUAAAAUCAAACGAAUAACUUAGAAAAAAGAACUUUUGCUAG